UGCGCUUCUCCCACUUAAUUAGUUCUAUAUAUUAACAUCUCUCCCAGUCAGAUUUCAUAGCAAAGAAUCAUAAGAAGAUCGAUACAAUUAUGGAGUCACUAAAGAUGAUGACGACGAGAAAGGCUGCUCUUCCUUUCGCUCAACUGAUAGCCGUACUGUUCAUCGUGCUGAUCAUUCUGUUUUCAGCAGUUCCAGCAGAGUCCGCCCGCCAACUCCUCCAACGCGGAUCCAGAGUACCAUCGGGACCAAACGGUUGUUCUCAUGUGGCAGGAAGUGUCUCAUGCAUUGGCCAACACGGAUAAGAAAGAUGUACUCGUAGAACGUGUUAUGAAUGUAUUUGGGAGCCGACAUUGGAUAUGGCGCUCGAGUAAGCCUUUCGCGUCCUGGAGGACAUGGAUAAUUAAGGUCGUUUGAUUGUAUUAUUGUACCUUAUGCACGUUUGUUUGAAUAAUAACGUUACCAUAAGGACUUUGCAUGGCGACAAUCAAUAUAUCAUAUAUUGUAUGGUGUUUCAUUUCAAGAAGUGAAAGGAAAAAAUAUGAAGGUUU